AUGGGUAUAAGAUGGGAAGCUUUAAAUUUGCGGCCGAAGGAGGAGACAGGGGAAAGCAGAGGAGGCGGAAGGCCGGAGGAGAAGAGGCAGCGACGCACUUCAUUCCGACACGCCCCCGUGACGAAUCUGACCCAGAACCACCAAACCUUCUCGUUUGACAAGAGAUCAAGAGCAUGUGAUCAUGGUUUCUGCUCUGAUACAAGUGAUAUCCAACGUCAGAGUAUCGCCGGUUGCUACGGUUGCGCAUUCCCACGGCGUGAAGAGAUAAAGAAAGAGACUAAGCACAAAGGUGUGAGGCAAAAACCAUCAGGUAAAUGGUCGGCGGAGAUAUGGGAUCCGAGUUUGCAAGGAAGAAGAUGGCUUGGAACGUUUCCAACAGCUGAAAUGGCAGCGGAGGCUUACGAUGAUGCGGCGGGUAAGCUUGUCAAAAGAAAGGCAUCAAGAAGUGGCACAGCGAACGGAGAGGAAGCAUGA